CUUCAAACUAUUCAUGAAAAGGAUUUCAUACAUCGAGAUUUUCAUAGUGGAAAUAUAUUGAUCGAAAUAAUUGAAAAUGAAUUGUGCAAUAUUGAACAAUAUUUAAUUGGAGACUUAGGAUUAUCACAACCUGCAAAUAAUACUUUAUCAAGCAGUGAAAUAUAUGGAGUAAUAUCAUAUGUUUCUCCAGAAAUAUUUAAGGGAGCUACAUUUUCAAAAGCGUCAGAUAUUUAUAGUAUGGGUAUGAUUAUGUGGGAACUGACAACUGGUUGUAGGCCUUUUUCUAAUGUUAAACAUGAUCAUGGUCUAGUUUAUCAAAUUCUCGACGGAAAAAGACCUAAAAUUACAGAUGAAACUCCCGAAGAUUUUGCCAAUUUAAUUAAAAAAUGCUGGAAUUCUGAUCCCAAAAAGAGGCCUUCGGCGAAAAAAAUUUGUGAAUGUCUUAACUCUUGGUCAAAUAUGGAUAAAGAUAUUAACCAAUUUAAUCAAGCUGAAGAAAUACGAUUAGAGUUAACAAAAUCUAAGUCAAUUGGACCAGAAUUUAAUGGAACAACUCAUUCAGAAGCAAUAUAUACAAGUAGAUCAUUAGGUUCUUUUAUUUCCAAAUUUUUAACACCUUUAAAGCAAGGUAAUUAUAAUAUUGCUUUUAUUAAAUGGUCUAAAAUUAAUCGAAUAAUCACGAAGGUAACUUUGGCUAAUAUUAAAUAUUAA